CAAACCCAAACCGAUCCGGUUCAGUUUUGCCCACCCCUGGUUUUAGGUCGAACCAGUCCAUAUGACACAAGAGAGCCUGGACUAAGCAAUAAAGGUCGGACCAAUAGAAAGUGGUUGCUCGAACUCACCACAACCUCUUUCUUCCCAAAAUGGCGCCUCAUGAAAUUCGCCGUCCUUUCAAACGUCGACCAAUCUCCGAUCAGCAGAAACGCCGAGAGCUUUCCCUUCUCCGUCAGACUCAGCAUCGCAGUGACGCUCAGCAGCGAGCCCGAAACCUCGCCUCUUCCGUAAUCUCGCUCCAAUCCUCCUCGCCCGAUGUCGACCCGGAGAUAUUAUCUGAAGCCGAGCUCAACGAAGGAACCGAAUUGGAAUCGAGUAGCUUUGACGUUCGUCAAGCUUCGAGGCUCAGAGGACCUGAGGCACGCAAGUGGUUCGCAAAGCAGCUAAUGUUACCUGAAUGGAUGAUCGACGUCCCUGAUAAUUUAAGCCAAGAUUGGUAUGUGUUAGCAAGACCAGCUGGAAAAAGAUGUUUUGUAGUUUCAUCUGAUGGAACAACUGUUAGUAGAGUACGCAAUGGAUCUAUCUUGCAUCAUUUCCCUUCUGCAUUGCCUGGUGGUGCCAGGAAAAAAGGCGCUUCUGGACCCGCAAAUUCGUAUUCUAUACUAGACUGUAUCUUUCACGAGUCGGAUCAAACAUACUAUGUGAUUGAUAUGGUUUGUUGGAGGGGUUACUCGCUUUAUGAAUGUACAGCAGAGUUCAGGUUCUUUUGGAUGCAAUCGAAACUUGCUGAGACUGGUGCUUGUGAUCCGCCUUCCUUUUACCACAAGUUCAGGUUCAGUGCUGUUCCUUUUUAUAACUGCGACCAAAGCGGACUUCACUCAGCUUAUACAGGAUCAUUACCUUAUGUCAAGGAUGGAUUGUUGUUUUAUAACAAACAUGCACAUUAUCAUACUGGAAAUACGCCUCUGGUGUUGAUAUGGAAGGAUGAGAGUUGUAGUCAGUAUGUCAUCGAUACAGAUAACAAUGGAGAAGUUCCACAUCAACAACAUAUAGUCUUGGAGUUGCAAGAAGAAGGAAAACUUGUAACAUCAGAUGAUCCACCUGUACCAUUCAGUUGCUUAAACGCAGAUUUUGUCAAACAGUCAGGACUGUCUUCAGGAAGUCUUAUUCGCUUUGCCAUUGGCAAUGGAGGGCUGAAGUGUGUGGAUGGUAGAUUUGAGAAGGCGGAUUUGCAAUAUAUUAGUGUGUCAAAUCGAGCCCGAGCCUUUGCUGAUAGCUAUUCCAAGAUCAUGUUUCAAUAUAUGGCCCGACAUUCUCCUCUGAAAGUAGAAGAUCUUGCAUCUACGAUUUCACAUGAGAACCAACAAGACAAGCCCCCUGAAGUGGAGAUGUCCGAUUGACGAGAAGAGAGUCAAAGUAUAUUGUUUGGUCACUGUGUUGUGUUCGUGCAAACAGAGGGAAGCAAAUUUUUAAACUUGUAGCCACCUUUUUUUGGCUUCUCACACAAUUGUUAUGAUGUAAGAUAGUUUGUUUUAUGAAAAUGAGAAGAAAAAAAAAUCAUUACUUAAAUUGUGUGCAGAGUAAAUCCCUGCAAUUGAAGAAAUCAAUAAAUAUUGUUCAA